CCAAUGCUAGGGUCUCCCGGAAAACGCAACUCACAGGUCGGCAGAAAUAUGAGCAUGACUCGCGUCACAAGUCAGAGGAUUUCGUAAGGAGGUUGGGAUUUGAAGAAAACUAGCAAAUAAUUAACCUGGAGGCACAGUUGUAUUUGAUGUGUUUAAAGUCUGUCAUCAAUCAAAUAGGUUGGGCUGUUGCUACAAUGUAACAUUUAUGGUAGCCUAAUGUUAGUUGAUUAACUAACUCGUUACUUGUUAGCGGAUGUGCAGACCUAGACCUGGCUUUGGGAAGAAGACGCCGUUUACCACAGAGAAGCGUUAGCCAGCUAGCUAGUUUCAAGUAACUUUUGAGGUGGUCUUACUGUUAAGACUAAUACAUUCUACUGAGGAAUAUUGUUAAUGUGAGAAAGUUUGUGGGUUUAAUCGGAUUUGUGUAGGUGUAACUGUAUAUCGAAAAUGUCAAGGACGUUACCUGCUUCUUCGUGAGAAAGUCUUGUAAUGGAAGUAACUAAUAGUUCAAGUCGCUUGAAAAGUUCCAUCGACCGAAAAUGAGACAUACGUGGGCUAGCGAGAGCUAUGUUAGGUAGCUAGUAAGAUUGUGAAGUCUUUGGAACGUUAGCUCCCUUGGCACGGGGCUAAUAUUUGACUUGUGAAGUUAGACUGACAUGUUCACUAGUCGAAAUAAUAACGAUAUUACCGCUGGUAGAUAACAUUGUAGGCGUUGAUACUUCAGCCGAUUUAACGGUGCAUUUCUUGGUGUAGUUAGAUAGUACUAAAUUGUCUUAAAUUAUGCGCGAUUCAAAUGUGAAUUUCGGUGUUCUUCACAGAACGUGCAAAUUGCUUGUCUUUUUCUGCUUCGUGUACAUCUCAGCCACUUUAGUUUACUAUGCCAAGUCCGUUAACUUUCGACUCGCGUUUGUGCAGAAUCAGCAAAGUCACAGUAAAACAGAGUCGAGUAAACUCGAGGCAAAAGACGCUGGCGCGUCUGAGUUAAUAGUCACAUUAGGGUCCAAUUUCUCCGAAUCCUCCGAACCGGGGCACAAAACUCUGGAGCAAUGCCCCGACCCCUCGCCUCUUCUGGUUGGGCCGUUGCGGAUCGAGUUCUCGUCUCCGGUGAGCUUGGACACGGUGCGGCAUGAGAAUACGGAGCUGCAUGAGGGAGGGCGCUACACGCCGCCGGACUGCGUGGCCCUGCAGAAGGUGGCCAUCAUCAUCCCCUUCCGAAACCGCGACGAGCACCUCAAGUUCUGGCUAUACUACCUGCACCCAAUCCUACGCAGGCAACAGCUGGACUAUGGGGUGUAUGUCAUCAAUCAGGCUGGUGAUGAGACAUUUAACCGGGCGAAGCUGCUGAACGUGGGAUACGUGGAGGCGCUGAAGGAGUACGACUACAAUUGCUUUGUCUUCAGCGACGUCGACCUCAUCCCCAUGGACGACCGCAACACCUACCGCUGCUUCAGCCAGCCCAGGCACCUCUCCGUGUCCAUGGACAAGUUUGGCUUCAGGUUGCCAUAUAAUCAGUACUUUGGAGGUGUAUCGUCCAUGAGCAAGGAGCAGUUCCUUAAGAUCAACGGCUUCCCCAAUAACUAUUGGGGGUGGGGAGGAGAGGAUGACGACAUCUAUAACAGGUUGAGUUCUAAAGGCAUGUCCAUCUCUCGGCCCAGCGGAGCCAUUGGGAAAUGCCGCAUGAUUCGCCACGUUAGGGACAAGCAGAACGAUCCUAACCCGCAGAGGUUCGACCGCAUCUCCCGUACCCGGGAUACGAUGCACAAAGACGGCAUCAACUCUCUGUCCUACAGCGUGGUGCAGGUGGAGAAAGACCUGCUCUAUACCAAAAUCACAGUGGACGUGGGGAAGCCUACCAAAUAACACACACACUCACAUACAUGUACACAGAGACACACACACACACACACACACACACACACACACACAUUCUUACACUCACAUACAUUUACACACACACACACGCUGAGGAUCAUAUGCCUCCCUGUGAAUGUUUGAAUCCAAGGUGCCUUGCUCGUGUGAUGGAGUACAAAAGUGGACUAAAUAAUGACCAAGCGUGGAAGGCGACGGUGUGUGUGAUAUUUAUAACGUCUGGACACACUCGCACCGGGACACUGGACGCUCCGCUCCUGAGGCAUCUUGGCCUCCAACUCUGACCUUUGCACAUAUGACUCUUACUUGAAAGAUGGGAUGUGUGCUUCUAAGUGCUUCUAAAUAAGUGUGUGUGUGUGUGAGGGAGAAAGAGGUUUUCCUCCUAACUGAAAGUAAUAAUUUGUUCAGCCACGCUGAUGUGAGCCAUUGAUACACACACACACUCACAUACACUUAACCUUCCACAAAUACCUGCCAACUGUGUGUGUGUCUGCUGGCAGUGCAUGUGCCUUUACCUUUCUGUCCGCUGCCAGUGGCAGGUGUGUGUGUGUGUGUGUGUGUGUGUGUCUGUCUGUGUGUGUGUCCUUUUUAGUCCACAGUGUCUGUUAAGCCACAGGAUGGCGAGAUUCUUCUCCUCCAGGACAGGAAGAAGAAUCGGAAGUCAGUCAGAGAGGAAUGAAGGGAGGAGAGUGCUUUUCUCUCUCAAACCAAAGUGCCUCAGCUCCUCUCCUGUUCCACUCUCCCUCCCUUUCUCUUCCUCUCUCACACUCACUCUCACUCUCUCUCUCUCUCUCUCUCUCUCUCUCUCUCUCUCUCUCCUUUCCUCUCCUCCCUCUGUAAAAGAGCCCACCUCAGCACAGGAACGCAGGGGGGUCCAUGUUACUGGUCUUUUAAUUGUUUGCUCUUACAACAUGCCUCCCAGCCGUGUGUGUGUGUCUGUGUCUGUGUUGACCAGCACAGAAAACUGGCUAGCUGCUGCAGGCUAGCAGUGGUAUGUGUAAGCAAGGCACAAAGUCCACGUGACGCAAGCAAAGUGUGUGUGUGUGCAGACUUGUACAGUCUCUUAUUUUCAGGGUUAUUUUCCAAGCCAAUCAGCUGCCUCAGACAGACAGACAGACACACACACACACACACACUAAUAAAAACAGUCUCACCACCAACCUCCUGCUGAAGCCAUAUGCUGUAGUUCUGCAGAGAGCACGCUCGCCAAACACACACGACCUUCAGAGAUUUUGUGUGUGUGUAUGCACAUGUGCCGCUCCUGAACCAGACUGUUGAAUGUAACAUUGCUGUGUGUUUGUGGACAGGAUGUACAGAAUCUUUAAGAAUCUUCACUUUUCCAGAUGCCCAGUCAUUUCUUCACCAGAUAUGGCUGCUGCAGCCCUCUCUAGGCCCAUAAACACACACACACACACACACAAGGCUCACUGGAAAAGCUAUGCUGGAUCUGGAUAGUCUCUCACACACACACUCUAACCAACACUGAGAUGUAUGCUUGUGUUUGCUGACACAUGCAGACAUAUCUUCCUGAGAGGAUUGUACCUGUUUAGGUAGAAGCCUCUCAUUCACACACACACACACUGGAGUGGUUUGGCUGGAAGGAGUUAUUAUUUCUGUAAAUGAUCCAAUUAGGCCUGAUGAGCCUGAGGACAAUGGCUUUAUCUAACGCCUGCACGUUUGAGUGAGUGAGUGUAUGUGUGACAAGAUAAUGUGCUCCGAGGCUGAGGUGGCUGGGUUAUCUGCAUGGUCUGAGGUGGCUGGGUUAUUAUGGUCUGAGGUAGCUGGGUUAUUAUGGUCUGAGAGUGUGUAUGCGUAUGCAGUGCGUGCUCCGGGGUCGAGGUAGCUGGGUUAUCUGCACGCUCCUCGGACGCCACUCCUUACAAGUUCUGAUGUUCCGAUGCUGCCCAGAACAAUGGGUCGGACUGGACGGAAUGUCUAGACUGUUUGGACGGACUGUCCAGACUGGUGGGCUCUCGGGCGGUCUGUCUAUCUCUGUGUAUGUUUGUCUGUCUGAUUUUUAUCAGAAGUGCUGAGUAUCUGAUUGCUGUAUCACUGAACAUGAACCCAAAUCAUUUUUAAAGAUUAUAAAUUGUUUUGAAUUAAAGAUAUUUGAUUGUA